CCGUUGUCCACUCUCACUUGUCCUUCUUCAUCAACCUCCCUCACUCACCGUCCACUCUUUAUUACACUGUAACAAUGUCCUCAUAACAUCCACACGAUAAUCAAUCUCCAUCAUCAAUCCCCAUCACCCACCACCAAGAAAAUAACCCAACCUCCCAAUCAAAACUCCCCCCGAUUCCAAUUCCCAAAUUCUCCACCCCCCAAAACUAUGCCAUGCUUCAGCUUCACCCAGUCGAAGAACUCCUGCUUCCGGUCCAACUUCAUCCGGGCCGGCCUCCGGUCCACCGUCACGGACCUCAAAGACGGCGGCACCACCAUGCACUGCUGGGUCCCCAAAUCCCCAAACCCCUCCAAACCCAACCUCCUCCUCCUCCACGGCCUCGGCGUCAACGCAAUGUGGCAGUUCGCUGACCUCAUCCGCCACGUCACCCCUCACUACAACGUCUACGUCCCCGACCUCCUCUUCUUCGGCGACUCCUCCACCACCCGACCCGACCGCUCCGAGACGUUCCAGGCCGAGUGCGUCAUGCGGGUCAUGGAGGCCCACUCCGUCCGGGCCUUCAGCCUCGUGGGCCUCAGCUACGGCGGCUUCGUCGGGUACAGGCUGGCGGCCCAGUACAAGGAGGCCGUCGAGAGGGUGGUGAUUUGCUGCGCCGCGGUGUGUAUGGAGGAGAAGGACCUGCAGGAAAGAGUGUUUAGGGUUUCGGAUUUGGACGAGGCUGCCAGCAUUUUGGUGCCGCAGACGCCGGACAAGCUCCGGGAGCUUGUCAAGUACACUUUUUUCAGGCCGCCGCCGUUGGGGUUUAUGCCGUCGUGCUUGCUCAGAGAUUUCAUCGAGACAAUGUUCACAGAUUUUGUUCAAGAGAAGAAAGAGCUGAUCAUGGCCAUCCCUAAAAACCGAAAACUUUCAGACCUUCCCAAGAUUCCUCAGCCGACUCUUAUAAUCUGGGGAGAGCAUGAUAAUGUAUUUCCCUUGGAAUAUGCCCACAAACUAAAAAUGCACUUGGGGGAGAAUGCUCAGCUUGCAGUAAUCAAGGAUGCAGGGCACGCGAUAAACGCUGAAAAGUGCAAGGAGUUCAACAAGGUCAUCAAGUCGUUCCUAAACUGCUAAUCCAUAAUUGCUGACAUGAAGCUGUUCAAUGCAGUUAAAUUUUGAUCUCACAUUGCAGAUUUGUGCAAUUGAUCAACCAUUGAACAUCGAACUGACAUGUGAUUCAUCCAUGAGAUAAUUCUUGGAGUCUUGUAUUGCUGAAGAUAAUUCUUGAUACCCUUGAUAUAGAUACAGAGUAAUGAGCAUGUUAAAGCA